GAGAGAGACAGAGAGAGAUGACCGCUGGGCUAGUAGUCUACCGAAACCGGACCUACCUAUCUCCCACCACCACGAGAGUAGGUGGCGGUGGCGGUGGCGGUCGUGUUCGAUUUGGCCGCGUUCAACUUCAGUGGAGUGGUGGCGGUUGGCCUUCUCUCCGCUUGUCCACUUUCCGGCCCCGUGCGGCCGUCGAGGAGGGUUUCGUCCGGGAGAACGCUGGGAGUUUCUACGAUCUGCUGGGGGUUCCGGCGAGCGGGAGCACCAGCGCGAUCAAGAAGGCGUACAAGCAGCUGGCGAGGAAGUACCACCCGGACGUCUCCCCGCCGGAACGGGCGGCGGAGUACACUCGGCGCUUCAUCGAGGUCCAUGAGGCCUACGAGACGUUGUCCGACCCGGGCCGCCGCGCGAUCUACGACCGCGACCUGACCAGGAGUCUGCCUCUGGCCUUCUCAGCCAGUCGCUGCCGGUUCGACGAGGAACCGGAAGAGAGAUCAGGUUGGAGAAACCAUUGGCAGGAUCAGCUUACAGAGUUGAAAAGGCGAAGCAUGAAUGGCAGUUCCAAAGACAACUUAUCUUGGGGAGCUCAAAUGCGCAGACGAAGGGCUGAGUCAUCUAGAGAAGAGGUUGCAUAAGUUGAUACGGAUAUCUGCCAUCGUCUACCUACCUUCUGGAGUUCAAGAAUUGCCGAGAGGCAAUUUGCAUCUAUACCAAGUCAUUUUAUCUGAUAUCAGCCUGGUAAUUCUAAACCACACACCUCAUGCUCUCAUUUGUUUGGGAUCAUUUGCUGCAGUUACUGUUAUUAAGAUUAUAAGUUUAACCUUUCCCGAUGGGAUGGGAUGAGUCAUUGCUGCUUUACUCUCAAAGAUAGCAUGUCGCAAAAUGAUAAUGCAGCUAAUAGACAUUGUACUCUCAUCUUCCAAAGCACUAUCUUGUCUAUUAAAAAUGACCUGUUGAGCUCUAUAUUCUCUUGCAAUAAGACUUUUUUCUGGAAA